AUGCCUUUCGUAUGUUUGACCUGCGGGGCCGAGCUUUCUGAACGUGAUGAAAACAGCGAGGAUUUCGGCUGCGCAUUUUGCGGAGGCUUUCUGACAGAAUCGCAGACGCAGCAACAGGAUUUUCUGGACUCAGCCGAGCUUCGAGAUGGAACAAAAGCUGGCGGUGCGGAUUUCAGCACACGCCGGAGAUUUCAGAGGGGCGAGUUCAGGCAGCAUGUGGACGACCUGGAACCCUGCGAAGAGCGUCAUUUGAACUGGGAGCUUUACGUGAAGUACAACUAUGGCCUGAAGAAUCAGCAAGUAUUCAGGUUGAUGAAACUCCUGGGCAAGAUCCUUCCUCAAAAAUGGCAAUGGGCGGUGGUGAAAGAUGGUGAAAACAACUGA